AUGGGUGAGAAUGAGAGGCGGCUGGUGCACUCAAUGCUGAAGGAAGAGAUUGACGUCACCAUCCAGGAGCUGCGCCAGCGAAUGACAGCAGCCUGUCCGUAUUUCACACUGUCGUCGAUAAGGUGGCAACGAUACAUCUUUGAACGGUCCGAUCUCGCCCUUAAGCGAUCUUUAUACCUGAGGAAAGUGGAAGAGGCCCUAGUAAGAGGGGACUGCGUAGUUUAUAUGGACGAAACAUGGGUGUUCGGAGGUAUGGUCAAGAGAAAAGGAUGGGUGGACAACAGCCUGACACGGCAACGAUACAUCUUUGAACGGUCCGAUCUCGCCCUUAAGCGAUCUUUAUACCUGAGGAAAGUGGAAGAGGCCCUAGUAAGAGGGGACUGCGUAGUUUAUAUGGACGAAACAUGGGUGUUCGGAGGUAUGGUCAAGAGAAAAGGAUGGGUGGACAACAGCCUGACACGUUUUACAGCUGCUGAGGAAAUACGGCAAUAUUCCUGGGGCAAAACUGCUGGCAAGAAUAAAGGGAAGCGUGGCAUCGUCAUCACGGCGUUGUGCGACGGUGGAGUGAUUCCUGGGUUGCACCCAUGUUUUCGUUAG